AUGGCCUGCGUGUCUUGUCGCGAAAGCAAGGUCAAGUGCGACGGCGCCGAACCGGCAUGCUCUAACUGCGCCAAUAGAAAUCGAGAAUGUCGCUACCAAGCUGUCGACAAGAGAAAACUACCUCUCCGUGUCGCCAUUGAAUUGUUAUCAAGCAGGGUGGACCAGCUAUGUUGUUUUAUCCGAGAGAAUGGAAUGCAGCCACCCCCGAUGUCACAAGAAAAGGAUACGGCUCUGGGAAGAGUACUGGAAAUGCUAGGAUUGACCGAAAUAAAUUCAAAUUUGACGCGACAGCUUGCCUGUAAGUCAGAACAGUCGAUGAACGAAAUGAAGGACGUCCAUCCCAACGUGGCGAAUCUUCUUCCAAUUCCGACGGCACAGACCCUGGAAAGAGCCGAACCCAAACAGCACUUCGAAAACUCGCCCGAUGCCCAGUAUACAGGUGCCAGACAACCUCAGAAUAACGUGACCGCAUUGCCAUCUGCCAUAGAAGAUGGUACAGCUAGUGUGCCACUCUACCAAGAUUUACCUGAUAUUCAAUCGAACAAUGACCCGAGCAGUUGGAAUUGGCAACUAGGCGCCGACACAUUCCUGCCGAAUUCUCCAUAUAUGCACAGCUUUCUCACACCUUCUUCUCCUAGCGGUCCGCUACGAUCAACGCUUGGUGAAAUACCUGAACCACUUGAGCCCAUAGUCGCCGAUGAUGACAGGACGCUGGUGGAUGAAUCCAGUAGCCCGGAGGAUGUAGAGGGUCUCAUUGAUGAGCUUUCUGACCGAGUUGGAACGUUGCAGAUCAAGCCUGGAGGACAGACUCAAUUCUACGGUCCAACUUCAACCUUCAACCUUGCAGAUAUGUUGGCUACAGCAAAUUCUGGGACACACCUUACCGCCCAGAACGAUGCGUUGGAAUGCUUACGGCGCCUUGGAAGUCAUAAGACGGUUCCUGCUCCCCUCGAGGAGCACUUGACGAAUCUCUACUUUGGUUGGCAAGAUCCGUCUUUUCAUGUGGUAGAUCGGAAGACGUAUGAAGAUUCUAAGGCAAGGUGGUAUGCCCUCGGAGACACACCUUAUUAUUCAGAGUCGCUUCGAAAUGCAAUGUGUGCUAUCGGAGCUUCGUUUGAGACGCGCUAUCAUCCGGAUUUUGUCACGUUUCCAAAAUCGCUUGUUGAGUUUUUUGGUGACCGUGCAAAGGCUCUUCUUGAGGUUGAGUUGGAUUCUCCUUGCGUGGCAACAGUCCAGUCUUUGGUCAUCUGCAGCAGUCUCGAGGUUGGGAGCGGAAGAGAAGCGCGUGGGUGGCUUUACAGUGGAAUGGCCAUCCGACUUGCCUUCAACCUCGCCCUGCACCUUGACAUGUCGUCUUAUGUUUCCCGCGGACUUAUUACUCCGGCAGAUGCGGACAUGCGUGGAACUGUCUUUUGGGCUGCGUACACAGUUGACCACCAGCUAGGAUUUCAUUUGGGCAGACCGUUUCGUACAAAUAUGGAAGAUGUGACUGUGGGAAAACCCACUAAGAACACGCACCGACGUGGAUCUGACAGAUGGGCUCCGUAUGUAUCUCCUGGAUCUGUUUACGCUGGGAGAGGUGCACCGGACUGUAUGGAAUCUGUGUGUGAAGAGCAAAUUAACCUCUGCGAAAUCAUGGCCCCAUGUGGCGACUUCUUAUACGGAACGUCAAAUAUUUCUAAGGUGGUACUCCAGCAGCUAAACGAAAAAGUCGUCGCAAAACUCCUCAACUGGAAAGCCGGGCUUCCCUCAUCAUUACAGAUCGACUUGGAUGAUCAAACAGCCCCAUAUACCCCACAGGUUCUUCUACUACACAUGCAAUACUACCAGAAUAUAAUAUAUGCGCAUCGACCAUGGAUGUCAAAAAGCCAUCUCCAGCCUCAACCACCAAAAGGCCCAGGGCACGGACAUGCCCGAGAGAUGUGUAUCCAAUCCGCGAUUGCUAUCGCCAAAGUCCUUGUCAUGUACGAGGCGAGAUAUACUCUUCGGCGAAUCCAUACAAAGACAGUCGCUAUCACUUCCUCCGCUGUUCUUUUGCUUCUCUUCGCUGCCGUAACCCAGUAUCGAUCAAAUGAACACGGAAAUGUCGGUAUUGCAGGACAUUUGAGCACAUGUUUUCGCGCCCUAGACGAAUUUGCUAUCUCAUGGCCGAGUGCUAGCCGAGCUAAAGACCUAUUACUGAGGCUGCAACGGCGAUGGGAAAUCCGGAUGCGCUCUAGUAAGGGAAGCUAUAACCUAGAAAAUGGACUUUUCAGGCCAGCAAAACAACAGUCAAUCUCAGUUGCACUUGAUGGACCAGGUUCCAGAGACUGCGAAGCAUCACACGAAGGAUCAGGACCGCUUGAAGACAUCAAUAUUGAUACUGAUAUAGACUGGAUGCUCAUGUCUGAUGGGAAGUCACCAUCCGACAAUAGAGCCGCGGAUCUCUAUUCGUUGCUCUCAAACCCUGUUACCAUUCAUCCAGAACGCGGAAGCAUAUAG